UAAUCUACAGUGGAACUCAAAUGAAGUGGCGUUCUGUUUCCUUCAGUCGUGUCGGAUAACAAAUUUGGGUUCUGUAGUCUGGCUAAGAUUGAGUAUUCUGUCAGGUUUGUUGUCGAUUUAUUCUUGAAGCGAAACAAGUAAAAGGUUGUGGUUAAGCGAUUAAGGAAUUCAUCCAUCUUUAGCUUGAAUAGGUCAGUGAUCCCAAACUCGUUAUACAUUUCCUCUCUUGGGUCUAAAAAGAUUGAAGCAAAGCUGCUUGAUGUAUUGUCUCUUUGAGCUUUUCUUUUUUCUCUACAAGUAUGGAAUACGAAACUCCUUGACCGCAGUAUAAUUUAUCAUUUAUGUAAUUGAGUAUUUUUAUCCCUUUAUCUUUUCCUCUAUAAUUUUUCCUAUUUAUUCACAGAACUACAAAUAUGCUUAAGAGACGGCCAAUUAACUGUUUAGUUUCAGUUGCAGCAGGCUAAAGGGAUUGAGUGAAAAUGGCGCUCCUCACAUACUACCCCAUCAUCCUCCAUUCUUCUUCUUCUUCAAUUUCAUCAUCAUCAUCUUCUUUUCCUACACCACACACAUUCAAUUUCUCGACUUCUCAACUACUUAGGUUGACGAAAUUAGGUAAUAAUAUUCAUGGACCUCUUCCACUUUGUUCGCUUUCUUCUCCUCCUUCAGUUCCUCAUUGUUCAAGCUCUGCCAUUUUUCUACCUUUUCUUGAAGAAGACCCCGACCCAGACCCACAAACCCAGCAAAUCCCUGAACCGGAACCCACAUCGAAAGACCAAAACUUGGACUCUUACAACGAUGAUGAAGAUGACCCCAUACUCAAAUUCUUCAAAACCCGAACUGCAAACCCAGACCCUGACCCGGUUAAGAAAGGAAAGCUUUCCCUCCAGAAGAACCGCAAAACCGCAUGGCACCUCGCUUUUGAUGCUAAGGAUAAGGAUUCCCCAAUGGAAGAGAAUGAAUUAGAGGAGAUAGGGAGUUUUAAUUUGAGUCCUUCAAUUGCUGUUGAUAAUAGUUCGACCAAAGUAGGCGGUGUGGUUGGGGAAAUAUUGGAGAAGUCGAGGAAUUUACCGGAAAAUGUUACUUUAGGUGAGGUUUUGGGAGGUUUUGAAGGAAGAGUGAGUGCUAGAGAAUGUGUGGAGGCUUUGGAAUUGAUGGGUCAGGAAGGACUAAUAAAUUGUUGUUUGUACUUUUUUGAAUGGAUGGGGUUGAAUGAUCUAUCACUGGUUUCGCCUCGGGCCUGCACAAUUUUGUUUCCAAUCUUAGGAAGAGCAGGACUCGGUGAUGAGAUUAUGGUGCUUUUCACAAACUUGCCGAAAGAGAAAAGAUACAGGGAUGUACAUGUUUACAAUGCUGCAAUUUCAGGGCUCUUGUCCUGCAGGAGGUAUGAUGAUGCUUGGAAAGUGUAUGAAUCUAUGGAAAUGAACAAUGUCCAACCCGAUCAUGUUACAUGUUCAAUUGUAAUAACAGUCAUGAGAAAGAAGGGUGAAAAUGCGAAAACCACAUGGGAGUUUGUGGAAAAGAUGGAAAGGAAAGGAGUUAAGUGGAGUGCAGAAGUCUUAGGUGCUAUAGUAAAAUCCUUUUGCGAGGAGGGUCUGAAGAAAGAAGCUCUUAUAAUCCAAUCUGACUUGGAGAAAAGAGGAAUUUCCUCCAAUUCUAUAGUGUAUAAUACAAUUAUGGAUGCAUAUUGUAAAUCAAACCAACUUGAAGAAGCUGAAGGUCUUUUUAAUGAGAUGAAAAUUAAAGGAAUUUCACCAACUGCUGCAAGCUACAAUAUUUUGAUGGAUGCUUAUAGCAGAAGGAUGCAGCCUGAAAUUGUUGAAACACUCAUGCAAGAAAUGGAAAGCGUGGGACUGGAGCCUAAUGUCAAAUCAUAUACUUGUUUGAUUAGUGCUUACGGGAGGCAGAAAAAAAUGAGUGAUAAGGCUGCUGAUGCAUUUUUGAAGAUGAGAAGGGUUGGUAUAAAACCAACCUCGCAUUCUUAUACAGCUCUGAUUCAUGCCUAUUCUAUUAGUGGCUGGCACGAGAAAGCUUACAUGGCCUUUGAGAGUAUGCUGAAGGAGGGAGUUGAACCUUCUAUCGAAACAUACACUGCACUACUUGACGCAUUUAGGCGUGUUGGAGACACGGAGAAGCUAAUGCAAAUUUGGAAGAUGAUGAUAAAAAAUAAAGUCAAUGGCACACGGGUGACUUUUAACAUUCUUCUUGAUGGAUUUGCUAAGCAAGGACAUUAUGUGGAGGCAAGAGAUGUUGUGGGUGAAUUCAAAAAAAUCGGUUAUGAGCCAACUGUUAUGACGUAUAAUAUGUUAAUGAAUGCUUAUGCUAGGGGAGGAAGAGAUUCAAAAUUGCCACAGCUCCUUAAGGAGAUGGCUGCGCUCAAGCUAAAACCUGAUUCUAUCACUUACUUGACGAUGAUCUAUGCAUAUCUUCGUGUUCGAGACUUUAAAAGGGCGUUUUUCUAUCACAAAGAGAUGGUGAAAAGUGGGCAAGUUCCUGAUGCCAAAUCAUAUGCGAAGCUUAGGGCCAUUUUGGAUGCGAAGGCCAAAAUAAAGAAUAGGAAAGACAAGAGUGCUCUCAUGGGUAUAAUCAAGAGCAGCAUGGGCCUAAUGAAACCAAAGAAGAAAGGGAAGAAAGACGAGUUUUGGAAAGGUAAGAAGAAUCAAUCAAGAGCUUAUAGAUUGCAUACUCCUGGAAGCUGAAUGCUAGUUGUCAGUCUUGCCUUGGAAAUGGAGAACCUGUGGCAAAAUUGGACAACUCUGGUCUCUUCAACUGUUUUUGCUCUAUCCAGUUGAGCUUUGCAUGAUAUCCAGAAAGCUGUUACUUCUGGUGGCUUAUCCUGUGCUGCUUUAUGCCAAAUUUCUCCUUGCUUGAAUGCUUUGGCAGUUUAUCUGUGCAGUUAAAUGUGCUUCUAGCAAUUCUGAAACAACACAUUUUAAAGUUGGCCUUUGAGAGUAAGCCGAAGGAGGGAGUUGAAUAUCGAAACAUACACUGCACGACGCAUUUAGGCGAGAUGGUGACACAGAGAAGCUAAUGCAAAUUUGGAAGAUGACGAUAAAAAAUAAAGUCAAUGGCACACGGGUGACUUUCUCUUAACAUGCUUCUUGAUGGAUUUGCUAAGCAAGGACAUUAUGUGGAGGCAAGAGAUGUCGUGGGUGAAAUUAAAAAAAUCGGUUAUGAGCCAACUGUUAUUAUAAGUUAAUGUCUAAAGUGUGGAUGCACUUCCACACACACUGGUUGGUUCGUCCAUUUGUCAUGGCUUCGCACGUGUUGCUUUUGGUUCGUCCUCCCGAUCGCACUCGUCAACAGCCCAAUUUUAGCAUUUUUUUCCUUCCAUCUUGGCAACCCAUGACACUGGUUACGUGAAAUCAGUUGCAUUACGUCGAAAAUAUGAUUUUGUGUUGAAUGUGGCUUUGAGUGGUAUUGCUUCGCUUUGCUGGGAAGGUGAUUGAACUGCACAUUCAAGAAUUAAGAUACCUCUAAACAUAUAUGAUCACUCAGUUUGUAAAAUAGAUCCUAGAAGUGAUUUGGCACAGCUUUUUGCACGCACUAAGUUAAUCAUUUGGGAUGAAGCACCAACGAUGUACCGUUAUUGUUUUGAGGCUCUGGAGAACACUAACAGAUUUAAGUCGUUUCUCUGCGUCAGGAAUAAAUAAACAUCCGUUUAGGGGUAUAGUUACAGUAUUUGGAGGAGAUUUUAAACAAAUCUUGCCAGUUAUCCCAAAGGGAUCGCGUCAACAAAUUGUUGCUGCUACUAUCAAUUCUUCUCUCAUCUGGGCAAAUUGAAAGGUGCUGAGACAAACAUAAAACAUGAGACUUUGUCAGGGAAAUAACGAAAAUUAUCCGCUGAAAUUAAGGAGUUCUCUGAAUGAUUGCUUAAGAUUGGUGAUGGUAAAGAAAGAGAACCAAAUGAUGACAUAAAUGAUAUUGAAAUUAACGAAGAUAUAUGUAUAAGAGGUUCAUGCAAUC